AUGGUACUUGAAGCCAUUCGCUACCGAAAAGGUAGCUUGGAGAUCCUCAAUCAGCUCAAACUCCCCCACCAAGAAGAAUAUGAGUCCAUUACAAGCGCAGAAGACGGCUGGCAUGCCAUCAAAGACAUGCGAACAAGAGGCGCUCCAGCCAUUGCCAUAGUUGCCGCUUUAUCCCUCGCGGUGGAGACGAACAACAACCAGAAAUACACAGGACCAGCUCAGGAAAUAGCUUCCCUCCUCUUGCAGAAAUUGGAAUAUCUGGUCACCAGCAGACCGACCGCCGUCAACCUCGCCGAUGCUGCCGGAAAGCUCAGCAAAAUCGUGUCAACAGCUGCCAAGAAGGAUGGUGCUGAUGGAAAUACCGUCACGCAGGCAUACUGCGAAGCAGCUGCGCAAAUGCUCAUCGCUGAUGUUGCAGACAACAAAGGCAUCGGACAUUACGGAGCGGAAUGGAUCUCCAAGACUGCCGGAGGAGGCAAAGUCAGCGUUCUCACCCACUGCAACACCGGUUCCUUGGCAACGGCGGGAUAUGGCACUGCACUCGGUGUUAUUCGGUCUUUGCAUGCCAACGGAUCACUGCAGCACGCUUUUUGCACGGAGACGAGACCUUAUAACCAAGGCUCUCGUUUGACAGCGUUUGAGCUCGUACAUGACGAUAUCCCCGCCACGCUCAUCACGGACUCCAUGGCGUCUGCUCUUCUGAAGCUUAAAGGUCCUUCGGAACGCAUCGCUGCGAUUGUAGUAGGCGCAGACCGCGUUGCUGCGAAUGGAGAUACGGCAAACAAAAUCGGCACAUACCAGUUGGCAAUCACAGCUAAAUUUCAUGGUGUCAAGUUUCUGAUCGCGGCACCACRGACGACAAUUGAUCUCAACACAAAAACUGGCGAGGACAUUAUCAUCGAAGAGAGGGCUGGUAGUGAGAUGACAGUCAUGAAGGGACCGUGUGUGGGUGAGGCUGGUGCGUUGGAUUUGGGAAAAGUGGAGACCGUCAGUAUUGCGGCAAAAGGGAUCAAUGUUUGGAAUCCAUCAUUUGAUGUCACGCCUGCAGAAUUGAUUGAUGGUAUCAUCACCGAGAUUGGGGUUGUUGAGAAGGGCGCCGAUGGGCGGUUUGACCUGGGCUUGGCGAUGGAGGCGCACAACGAGGGUAUCAAGCCUGUCACUGUGGGCGGCCUUUGA